AUGGAGCGUAUUUUGGCGAAGAAGCAAAAAGCGGUAGCCGUUUUAAGGGAAAUGAAUGAAGCGGUUGAAUUUCAGGUUCCAAAUGAGCCUUCUCCCGUAACUCCUGAAUUUCAGCAUAAAUAUGCUACUCUUAUCUUACAUCUUGACGAAUUGAAUCAAGAGCUAAAGUAUCAUAUUAACAUAGUGAUUCGUCAUAUCACAGAGGUAAGACCUCUUCUUAAGACUCCGCCACCCAUUAAUGCAGAUGGAUAUGUUCCCCACUAUCGAGACCACGAAUUUCAUGUUUCUAUGCCAUCUCGGCAGUGCUCAGUGCUUCCCGUUUACGAGUCACAAGAAGUGAUUGAUACCCUCCCGAUAUCUGGUGGAUCGUGCGAUGUUGCCAGAGAGUAUGGAAUGCAAGAUGUUCUUGUGACGGACUGGCGUAGACGUUGCGAAGAUGAAGCGUACGAAAUCGUAAACAGACUAAAGGCUUCUCAGGGUUCCUCCACGGUAGAUGAAUCAAAGUUUGUUUUAGUUGCGAAGUUGACAACAAUUCUGACGCUGUUGUCGCAUCUACAAGAAAACCGAAUGAGCAACAGCGAACUGAGCUGCAUCGAGGAGGUUUUUACCGACAUAAGACAGCACCUACAUCCCAGUAACCUUAAAUGUUUCGAGCAGAGUGUUGAACAACUAAUAUCUCACAUCGUGCUCAAUCUCUCGCCAAGCAUCAUCCCAAUGUCCACACCUAACACAUCCUUUAUACCUCCCAACAGCAAUACAAAUCCCACCGAGCCACACUACCCUGGACAUUCUACAAGCUAG